AUUUUUCAGUGGGUUCCUAGAAAUCGGGCAAUUCUUUUUUAUUUUCUUGAGUCUACAACGCUACACUCAAAACUUAGCUACCUUACAAUUUCAUUAUCCUCACGUGUAAUCCAAACAGACCCUCCAAAAAAGAACAACAAGACUUCUAGGGUAAUUCUAGAAGGAAAUCAAACGAUCAAAGAAAAUGAGGGGUCGUAUUCUACCUACACCACCCCCCGCCUUCGCACAAAGAAAGAAGCGCAUCUUGGAACAACUCGCGGUGCCGGAUGCUGAGUACGCGGACGCGUCGCCUAAGGGGACGGUGGAUGUUGGGAUUAGAGGACUGAUUGAUGUGGUUAAUGGGUUGGAUGGGUUUGUUACUACGAGUAGUUGCGCGGGGAGGGUUAGUGUGUUUCGUGAGGGGUGUAAGAAGGUGGGUGGCGAGAGUAGUAGUGCUGAUGGGGAUGGGAAUGGGGAGGGGGAGGGAGAGGGAGCUAGGAGUAGGACAACUGCGGGUGUUGGCGGAAAGGGCGGAGGGGGGAAUUGGUUGUUCGUUUCCCAUGAUCCGGUCCCGCUUGAGGGUGUGGACGGGGCGGAGCGGGAUUUGGAAGGGUUGCUUGGGUUGAAGGGGGGGGAUCGGGAGGAAAGGGGAAUAACCAGGGGAGAUGCCGUGGGGGAUGUCACUGCUAUGAGGCUUGUUCACUUUAAGUUUGAGCCGAUGAUUCUCCAUGUGCUGACGGCUUCGCCUGAACAUGCCCAACUACUUCUCCGAUGCGGUUUGCAGGCUGGAUUCCGAGAGAGCGGUGCUGUCAGCUUGACUGCCGCAGCUGGAGAGCAACAUGCGACUCCGAUAGUCGCCAUUCGAUCCAUGGGUCUUUCGUUUGAGUCCUUAAUCGGGUAUCAAUCUGGUGACGAUGAUAGUAGUCUGCAGUGCACCGUGUCACCAACCUACCUGCGGACACUCAUUGGUAUAGCUAAUAAGAGGUUUAUCGAGAACGCAAAGAGGAUUGCUAGAUUCGAAGCAGCUCUCGCAGAGGCAACUGGACCGUCAAAUACGAAUGGGGAAGAAUGGGAAGAUGCACAGGUUCGUCGGGAGAGGAAGAGGGCGGAAGGUUUAAAAAGGAGAGAAGAGCUACAGAAACAGAGACAAGAUGCUGGGGCCGCUCCGGCUGUAGAGGUUAAUACUCUAGAUAUACCCCUAAAUGAAGAUCUUACAUGAAUUACUUGAGCACAAUCACGUCCCAAAUUGCGAGAUAAAAAGGUGAUCAAUCCUCUUCUAUACAGCUCUUCUUUUCCCUGAGCGCUCCCUGUAAAAUGCUAUGCCGUAACGUGUCGAUUAUUGGUACAACAGAGUAUCUAUCAAACAACGAUGAUGGAACCCUCCUCCCGAAGCGUUUAUUUUCCGUCUACUGUGAAUUCAUCAAGGAAAUAGCUCACGAGACAACCUUCUCAACCCACCCCUUCUCUAGGCGUCUUACCUCCUCCUUAAACGCCUCAACCUCACGCCAGCAAUCCAACGGGCGACGAUCAUUCU